AUGAAAACGCGCACUGCGCGUUUUGGAUGGGUUACCGUUGCUAUAAUAGAAUUAUGGAAAUACCCAUUCAAUUAUUCAGUUCUCUCACGCCCCUCAUCUCAUCUCUGCUCUCCCUUUGCACGACGCCUCCCAUCUCUUCUUUCUACUUUGCUCUACCCUCUUCGUACCAAAAACACUGAUCUGCUACCAAAAACCACCAGAUGGAUAAAAACACAACUUCCAACCCCGAGGCAAAAAAGGCUAGAGCAUAAUAGUGAAGCAGAUAGCAGUUAUGAGCAGAACUCAGGAUCUUUAACAGACCCUGCGAUGGUGGUUCUUCGUGAUUCCAUUGCUAUUUCCAUUUGGGGGGAUAAUAAUUAGUAGUUGUCUUUUUUUUUUUUUUU